AUGGACGCAGGCUGCACGCACUACAAAGCCGAAUUUCCUGACACAGAGCCCGUGGCCGCCAGUGUCUGCAUCUUUAAGAGGUUCGGCGCUGCAAAGCCGACCCGUCCCAAGAACAGAACUACAACGCCCAAGGAGCACCGCGCGUCCCGGUUCUCCCGCCCCCUCUCUCAGGCGCCCCGCGACCAGGUCGGCCCUGACAGUCCCAGAACUGCCCGGCUCCGCCCCCGCACGCACGCGUCUCAUUUGUUUACCCUGAAGCUCCGCCCCCUGGCUGCCCGGGCUCUCCCCGCUCCUCCCUGGAAUGCCAGGGCGGCCGCCGAGAGGACCAGCCUGCCGCCCACCCUGUACGUGCAGCUCCACGGCGAGACCACCCGGCGGCUGGAGGCGCAUGAGAAGCCCCUGCAGAUCCAGAAUGACUACCUCUUCCAGCUGGGCUUCGGGGAGCUGUGGCGGGUGCAGGAGGAGGGCAUGGACGCCGAGAUCGGCUGCCUCAUCCGCUUCUACGCAGGAAAACCACACAGCACUGGGAGCUCAGAGCGGAUUCAACUCUCAGGAAUGUAUAACGUCCGGAAAGGCAAGAUGCAGUUGCCAGUGAACCGAUGGACACGGCGCCAAGUCAUCCUGUGUGGGACCUGCCUGAUCGUCUCCUCUGUGAAAGACAGUGUGACCGGGAAGAUGCAUGUGCUGCCCCUGAUUGGUGGAAAGGUAGAAGAAGUGAAAAAGCACCAGCACUGCUUAGCAUUUAGCUCCUCUGGGUCCCAAAGCCAGACUUACUACAUUUGUUUCGACACCUUCACGGAGUAUUUGAGGUGGCUUCGACAAGUCUCCAAGGUUGCCUCACAGCGUAUUAGCUCAGUGGACCUCUCAUGUUGUAGCCUGGAGCACCUGCCUGCCAACCUCUUCUACAGCCAAGACCUCACUCAUCUCAAUCUAAAGCAGAACUUCCUUGGGCAGAACCCCAGCCUGCCCGCUGCCCGAGGGCUCAGCGAACUGCAGAGGUUCACCAAGCUCAAGAGUCUAAACCUUUCCAAUAACCGUUUGGGGGACUUCCCGCUGGCGGUGUGUAAUAUCCCAACUCUGACGGAGCUCAAUGUGUCCUGCAAUGCCUUGAAAGCUGUCCCUGCUGCCGCUGGAGUCAUGCACCAUCUGCAGACCUUUCUGUUGGACGGAAAUUUCCUGCAGUCCCUUCCUGUCGAGCUGGAGAGCAUGCAGCAGCUCACUUACCUCGGCCUGUCUUUCAAUGAAUUCACCGACAUUCCAGAGGUGGUGGAGAAGCUGACCGCAGUGGAGAAGCUGUGCAUGGCCGGGAACUGCCUGCAGACGCUGAGGCUCCAGGCUCUGAGGAGAAUGCCUCACAUUAAGCAUGUGGAUCUGAGGUUGAACGUAAUUAAGAAGGUGGAAGCAGAUGAAGUGGACUUUCUCCAGCACGUCACUCAGCUCGACCUGCGUGACAAUAAACUUAGUGAUCUCGAUGCUAUGAUUUUCAACAACAUUGAAGUUUUGCACUGUGAAAGGAAUCAACUGCUGACCUUGAACAUCUGUGGCUAUUUCCUAAAAGCACUCUACGCCUCUUGCAAUGAACUUGUUCAACUUGAUGUUUACCCAGUUCCAAAUUAUCUGUCCUACAUGGAUGUUUCAAGGAACCACUUAGAGAACGUGCCUGAGUGGGUGUGUGAGAGCCGGAAGCUGGAGGUUUUGGAUAUUGGCCAUAAUCAAAUAUGUGAGCUCCCUGCACGCCUGUUUUGUAACAGCGGUCUCCGGAAACUCCUCGUAGGACACAACCGGCUGACACGGCUGCCCGAGAGGCUGGAGCGGACGUCGGUGGAGGUGUUAGAUGUGCAGCACAACCAGCUGCUCGAGCUGCCGCCCAGCCUUCUGAUGAAGGCUGACAGCCUGAGAUUCCUGAAUGCCUCCGCCAACAAACUGGAGACCCUCCCCCCAGCCACCCUUUCCGAAGAGACAAGCAGCAUCCUGCAGGAGCUGUAUCUCACGAAUAACAACCUCACAGACAAGUGCGUGCCGCUGCUGACCGGGCAUCCCCACCUGAAGAUUCUGCACUUGGCCUAUAACCGCCUGCAGACUUUCCCCGCCAGUAAAAUGGCAAAGCUGGAGGAGCUGGAGGAGGUUGACAUCAGCGGGAAUAAACUGAAAGCCAUCCCGACCACCAUCGUGAGCUGCAGGCGCGUGCACACCGUGAUCGCGCACUCCAACUGCAUCGAGGUCUUCCCUGAGGUGAUGCAGCUCCCGGAAAUCAAGUGUGUGGACCUGAGCUGUAACGCGCUCUGUGAAGUCACCCUUCCAGAAAACCUGCCCCCAAAGCUGCAAGAGCUGGACCUGACGGGAAACCCCAGGCUCGUCCUUGAUCACAAGACCCUGGAACUGCUCAAUAACAUCCGCUGUUUCAAGAUCGACCAGCCUUCAGGAGGGGACGCCUCUGGAGCCCCGGCCGUGUGGAGCCAUGGUUACACUGAAGCUUCCGGGGUGAAAAACAAGUUGUGUGUUGCAGCCCUGUCGGUGAACAACUUCUGUGACAACCGGGAGGCCCUGUACGGGGUGUUCGACGGGGACCGUAACGUGGAGGUGCCCUACCUUCUCCAGUGCACCAUGAGCGACAUUCUGGCUGAGGAGAUGCAGAAGACCAGGCACGAGGAGGAGUACAUGGUCAACACGUUCAUCGUCAUGCAGAGGAAGCUUGGAACCGCCGGGCAGAAACUCGGGGGAGCUGCUGUCCUGUGUCACAUCAAGCACGACCCCAUGGACCCCGGAGGAACGUUCACCUUGACCUCGGCCAAUGUGGGCAAGUGCCAGACAGUCCUCUGCCGCCACGGGAAGCCCUUGCUGCUGUCCAGGUCGUACGCCAUGAGCUGUGAGGAGGAGCUGAGGAGGGUCAAGCAGCACAAGGCCAUCAUCACAGAGGACGGCAAGGUGAACGGGGUGACCGAGUCCACCCGCAUCCUGGGCUACACCUUCCUCCACCCCAGCGUGGUGCCCCGGCCGCACGUGCAGUCGGUGACGCUGACGCCCCAGGACGAGUUCUUCAUCCUGGGCAGCAAGGGCCUGUGGGACAGCCUGUCAGUGGAGGAGGCCGUGGAGGCCGUGCGGCCGGUGCCCGAUGCACUGGCCGCCGCCAAGAAGCUGUGCACGCUGGCCCAGAGCUACGGCGGCCACGAGAGCAUGAGCGCCGUGGUGGUCCAGCUCAGCGUCAGCGAGGACACCUUCUGCUGCUGCGACCUGGGCGCCCCCGGGCCGCCCCCGCCCAGCCCCGGCUUCCCUGCCUCGGUCAGCGUGGUCAUCAAGGACCGGCCGGCCGACGCGCUCGGCGUGCCCUCGUCCAGCAGCGGCCUGGCCUCGGAGAUCAGCAGCGAGAUCUCCACUUCCGAGAUGAGCAGUGAGGUGGGCUCCACGGCCUCGGACGAGCCCCCCGCCGGCGCGCUGGCCGACAGCAGCCCAGCCUACCCGAGCGAGCCCCGCUGCGCGCUGCACCCGGCCGGCCUGGCCAGCGCCUUCCAGCGCCAGCUGUCCAGCACCACCUUCUCCAGCGCCUUCUCGGACAACGGGCUGGACAGCGACGACAAGGAGCCCAUCGAGGGUGUAUUCAGCAACGGCAGCCGCGUGGAGGUGGCCGCGGACGUCCACUGCGGCCGGGCCAAGGACAAGGAGGCGCUGCAGGGCCCAGCGCCUGCGCCCACAGAGGCCAGCGACGAGGGCAUCGUCAUCAGCGCCAACGAGGACGAGUCGGGUCUGCCCAGGAAGCCGGAUUUCUCGGCCGUGGGCACCAUGGGCCGCAGGAGGGGCAAUGGCUCGGUGGCCCCCCAGGAGCGCAGCCACAACGUGAUCGAGGUGGCUGCUGACGCGCCCCUCCGGAAGGCAGGGGGCUACUUUGCCGCGCCGGCCCAGCCGGACCCCGAUGACCAGUUCAUCAUCCCGCCCGAGCUGGAGGAGGAGGUCAAAGAGCUCAUGAAGCAGCAGCAGCAGCCCCCCCAGCUGCAGCCACCACCCCCGCGACAGUACCCGCUGGACCCCCUGCCGGACUUCUACGACACGCCGCUCUGA